CGCAACGCCGAGAGCAGUGCGCACGCGCGCAGUUUCGUUUCGUGCUUGUCUUUGAAAAGAGUGUGAGCCGUGGGGCCGUGCUUCCCCUCGCCACGGGGGCUACUGGCUCGCGUGGGCUGUUGCGGUGUAGUGGGGCCGCCAUGGCGCAGGUGCUGAACCUCAACAAUGAGGUUGUGAAGAUGAGAAAAGAGGUGAAGAAGGCCAGAGUUCUUACCAUUCGCAGACUCACCAGACACAUUGCAAAACUUAAGUUAAAAAAGGGUUCAGAAGAUGUGGUACUAAAGAACCAAAGGCGAGCAGAGAGAUUACUAGAAGAAAUUCAUGCCAUGAAGGUAAUGUCUUCAUAUACAUAUAGUUGUCGUGAUGCUGCAAUAACUCUAUUUGCUAUUAUUUUUGUAGCUGCUGUAAAAGCCUUUAAGGAUGCAAGACGGAAGCCACCUAAAACUCAAUCUUCAGAUGAGCAUAAAUCAGAAGAACAGCUUUCUCAAAAGCCUAAAUUGAGGCAACAUUCUAAUAGCAAUGUAGACAACCAGACACAUAUACUGGUUCUAAAACAGCAAGAAGCUAAAACAAAGGUGAAUGUGAAAACAGCCACUAACAUAGAAAAUAAACAAAUCUGUGAGAGAGAAUGUGAGCAGAAAUCUUCAGAAAUUGAAAGAACAGAUUCUCCGGGUGAUUUGUCAUUACAAACUUCAGAAAAACAUGCCGUAGUUGAAGAUCAAACAGAACCGACAAUUGACUGGCCAAAAAGAAAAAAACUUACAAGUGCGAACAAGUUCAGGAUAACAAACAAAUCAAACAGUGAUGUUAGUGAUAUGGAAGAAUUCGAUAACAAGGAGUAUUUUGAUGACAGCACAGAAGAGAGAUUUUAUAACCAGUCAUCCGAUUCUGAAGAAAGUGAUAGCGAUGAUGAUUUCUUCAUCGGCAAAGUGAAGAAAAAGAAGAAGAAAGUGGCAGAUAGUGAUCUUUCUUCAGCAAAGGAAAAGAAAAAUCUCAAAGAAGCAUUACUAAACAAAACAAAGGACUCAAAGUUUAUGACGAUGCAGGAUGUGAUCACAGAAGAAAGUAAACCAAGUGCAAAAGCAAUGAAGUUGGAAUCAGUAUUUUGCAAUUCUCUGUCCAGAUCUGAUCAGAAAUCCAAAAAUAUGAAGAGAAAUGCUAACUAUCAGACUUCCAAAAACAGAAGAACAGCUUUUCCAAAAAAUGAACUGCGAGUAAAGAGAACACACCUUGCUAAAGCUGCAGGUAUAAAGUAUGAAAAUAAAAAAGAGUAUUUAGAGCAACCACUUCAUCCUUCGUGGGAAGCAAGCAAGAAGCGUCGGGAACAAAUAUCUCAAAUUACAGCAUUCCAGGGGAAAAAGAUUAAGUUUGAUGAUGAUUAAACUUUUUUAAUGUAAAUUCAUAUUGUUAAAGAAGAUUCUUAUAGUUCCCCUCUAGUUUGGUAUCUACUUUUGAGAUGUAACAACUUGUGUUUUGACUGGACCUUUGUGACCCCGGUGUUAUAGAUUGAAAAGAGAAUAUUUAUCUUCUUGAUUGAGAUGAUACAUGCAAAGUUUGGAAACUAAACCUUUUACAGUAUUUGAGAACUAGUGCCUUUUUCAAAUCAUAUUUACAUGUUUUUAUAAACUAAAUAGUAUUCUAAUCUUGAGAAAUCGGUGAUGUAGUCUUUUAAGGUUUUUUGGCAAGGAAAAAGCUAUUCCAGAUUUGUUUAUAAUGAAGAUUGAGCAAAUGAAACAAUUUGUGCUGUAUUAGUUAACUAAUGGGGAUGUCACAUAGUAUAUGAUUAAGAGUUCAGUUCUUUAGUGCCACCACCUGUGAAACCCACAAUGAAGUCAGGAAGGGGUUUAUGGAGCUAUUUUGUGCUCUGUAGUAGUUGAGAGUUUUCCUCUGUGGGGUUUUGCAUUAUGUAAGGUACACUCCAGAAAACUAUUUAAGGACUUCAAUAUCAGAAGAGAUGGGAAGAAUAAGUGCUCCUAGCUAAAUAAAAAACAUAGUUAAAAUAGUUCAUUAAGACAUAUGUUUAAAAUAUCAAAAUAUUUACUCUUAUCUUAGCUGGAAGAAGUUCAGAGCUCUGUUAGCUCUGAAGACAUUUGCUAAAUUCCAUAAAUGCAUGAAGCAAGCCGAAAUGCAGAUUAGUGUGUAUGGCAAACUCUAGAUAGCAAUAAAAAUUUGCCAUCUAAAAUAUGUUCAUCUUUCUUGAUUAGAUCAACAAUUUUGAUAACUAAAGUACACGGUCGUGAGCAUUCCUGUACUGAAAGGAAAAUUCAGUGUGCCCCACUUAAUUUAAAUUGCAGGUAGUCAGAGAAUUAGGAUCUCAUCCUACUGAGUUCCUAACUACCAGAAUCAGUAAGAAGAGUAUAAAUUUAAAAAGUACCUUCUUAUUAAAUGCUAUUGAUUUGUUUGCCAAAGAUCUUGGGUUUUUUUAUAUCCCUAACUGUUGGAAGGGCAUUUGACUGUGUUGGAUGGAGCUAUCAUUUUAGUGUUUUGGAGUUCCUGGGAUCGGGGUGUGGGGAGAUGGUUUUUUAACCAUUUUUUUUUCUUUAAAGGUCUUUCAUAUUAGUUAGUUUUAAAAGAUCUAUGAACUUAAUUGUAACUGUCCUUCCUCAUUGUGGUUUAAUUGGAUGCUACUGUCCUUUAUACAAUUGGUCUGAAUCAAUUCCAUAAAACAUAUACACAGUUAAUAAUAUGGAUAGUCUAUGCUAUGCUUUGCUAUCCAUACAGCAGGAAGGUUUUUAUAUCCAAAGUGAAGUUCUCCCUUCCUGAAUUAUGUUACAGCCUUGGAGGAAUGUGGAUUUCAAUUAAGUUUGUGCCCCGAAUGUUUUGAUUUUUUUUCUUUUUAUUCCUCAUUAUAUGAAACAGUGGUGUAUGUGUGGAGGUGGGGAUUUUAUACCAGAUCGUAAGAGUUCAAGGCAUCUUCAAUAGCAAUAGACUCUUGUAAAAGUAAUCUUGUACUAGGUAAGCAGCCAGUGGCUACACAUAGGAACUACAUUCAUUGUAUUUUGAACUUGUAUUUAUCUUCAAGGAAAAUCAUGUUUUGAAGAAAAAGUCAUCCUCUUGAAAGCAAUAUCUAGAAUACUGUUUUACAUAUUCUAGACAAGAAACUUUUUUAAAGGCUUAGUACUAGUCCAAACAAAUAUUUGAUGUGUAAUUUUCCUGUUUUCAAUAAAGGGCAGGAAACUUUU